AAGAGACACGACAAAAACAGACGAAUGCAUGCAUGAACGUUGUUGCCUAUGAAGCGACGUGCUGCUCACAUGUGAGGGCAUCGCAGGCCGAUUGCAUGACGACCUGGCACCACCCUGAUCAAAUCCUGACUGAGCACGUGCCUCUAACUGCCUAACAAGAAACAUGACGGCCAUCAACGCACCUCAGGACAAAUACAAAGCAGUAUGGAUCAUUUUCUUCAUCCUGGGCUUGGGAACCCUCUUACCAUGGAAUUUCUUCAUGACGGCAACAAUGUACUUCACAAGUCGGCUGAAGGAGUCACCUGCGGACCUCUCGCCCAAUCAGACAAUAAAUAAGACGAUGGAGGGAGGAGAUACACGCACUGUGCUGGAGGCAAAGUUUAACAGCCUGAUGACACUCUGCGCCAUGGUGCCUCUGCUCAUUUUCACCUGCCUCAACUCCUUCCUGCACCAGAGGAUUCCUCAGAAGCUUCGAAUCUCUGGCAGCCUGGGGGUCAUCCUGGUGGUUUUCCUGUUGACGGCCGUGCUCGUCAAGGUGGACAUGGCCCCCCUGCCCUUCUUCACCCUCACUAUGAUCAAAAUCAUCUGCAUCAACUCUUUCGGGGCGAUUCUUCAGGGCAGUCUGUUCGGGCUGGCAGGGAUCUUGCCUGCCUCUUACACCACUCCCAUCAUGAGUGGACAGGGAUUGGCCGGCGCCUUCGCUGCUUUCUCCAUGAUCUGCGCUCUGGCCAGUGGGUCGGCCCUGCAGGACAGCGCUUUUGGUUACUUCAUCACAGCGUGUGUUGUUAUUCUCCUGGCCAUACUGUCCUACCUCGCUCUGCCCAGGAUGGAGUUUUUCCAGUACUACAUGGAGAGUAAUGUAUCCAGACCCGCUGCUGAUGCCGAGAACAAGAUGGACUUACUUAAUAAAGAUGGUUCAGGAGAGAAGCGACCGGUGGUGAGUCUGAUGGAGGACGAGUCAAAACCCACCGUGUCUGUGUUUAACAUCUUCAAACAGAUCUGGGUGAUAGCUCUGUCAGUGUGCUUCAUCUUCACCGUCACUAUUGGCACAUUCCCAGCCGUAACAGUGGAGGUGAAGUCGAUGGUAGCAAAUGGAGGUGCCUGGGAAACUUACUUCAUCCCUGUGUCAUGUUUCCUCCUCUUUAACUUGAUGGACUGGGCCGGCAGGAGUCUGACGGCCGUCUGUAUGUGGCCGGGUAAAGACAGUAUGUGGCUUCCCGUCCUGGUGGGCAUGCGGAUCAUCUUCGUCCCUCUCUUCAUGCUGUGCAACGUCCAGCCUCGUCGCUACCUCCCUGUGUUGUUUGCCCACGACGCCUGGUACAUCAUCUUCAUGAUCUUCUUCUCCUUCUCCAACGGAUACCUGGCCAGUCUCUGCAUGUGUUUCGGACCCAAGAAGGUUUCGCAGCAUGAGGCAGAGACGGCGGGGGCCAUCAUGGCCUUCUUCUUGUCCCUCGGUUUGGCGCUGGGCGCUGCAGCCUCAUUUGCUACAACGGCCAUGAUCUAAAAUCUCCAGCAGAACCUUCAGUAGACGUAGAUUAGACGACCCCGCCCUCCAACGCUCUGCCUGUCUUUACCUGUCAGGGGAGAACCUGCUUCUCCACAACAAUCUCCGAUGGAGCAGAGACGGCACAGAAGACUAGAGGACUUUAGUCUUCUCCAGUGUACAGUAGAAACUUGUCUCAUCCAGCCAGCAAUGUAAGCUGAAACGUUACUGAAUAUUUGUUUUCCUUCAAACUCAGCAGCACCGUGUGAACUUGAUGCCAUCGAUCAAACAGGUUUGCUCCCUGAGAUGAAUUGAAAAGCAGAGUGCAACUCGACGAGCAAAACUAAACCAAAAGUGUAUAAAAAUCAGCUGUAGUGGACGCGUCAUGAAGAAGACGACAUUCUUCAAGGUUUUACAUUUUCCCUGAUAUCACAAAUCUUGAGUCCGAGCAGAUUUAAUGAAGACGGUCUGCACACAAAGCAACUUAGAGCCUCAUUCAUAAAGUGUUCUUUUUUUUCUUUUUCACAAAAUUGUUUGAAGAAAUGAUAGUGUUAGAUGGCGAUAAUGUUUUUUGAUGUUAUGUAAAGUCCUCACACUUCCUUUAGAUCAGUCACAAUCCUUAGAAAUCAUAAGCAAAUUAAGGGGUGUGUCAAUAAAGUCUUACAUUUUAUUAUGAGGCUCUUAGAUUCUGGUGCUCAGACCGUCAACAUUAACUAGUAAAUUUAACCAUUCGUUUGUAAACUGAUCCUCAAUGAGACUUUGUUUGUUUUUUUUUAAUGACUUCACUCUGAACUUUUGCAGCUCUUUAACUCUGAUCAGGCCAAAUACAUGAAGACAACAUGGGAAAAUUAUGAACUUUGAAGGGAGGUCACGACCCGUUACGUGGCUAAUUAAUGUGCCGUGUGUGAGUCAAUUUGCUCCCCGGCGAGUUACUUACAGUCAUGACCCGGGUCAUAGUGAUUUUAAUGUCCUCAUGACAAAUCGAUAAAUUGUAAGAGAAUGUAAGGACUGACCGAAUCCUAAAGACAAUGUUUUAAUCAGUAACCUGGGCCACUAACAGCUGUAUUUUCGUUGUCUUAGAGAGCGAUGUUUGUUUGUAGUUUUAGAUAAAGUUGUACCUGCGUGAGUGUUUUUGGUUUUAUCUGAAAACAUCACUUCAGUUUUUCUCAAUUCAACAGACAGAAACAGAAGUUAUGUUUUCAGUCUAGAUUUUCAAACCACAUGUUAAAGGUUUUACCGUUCCUGUGUCUUCCUGAUAAACACAUUUUGCCACAAUUUAUUUUUUUGAACGCAGCAAAAAGAAAAAUUCAUUAGUGACAGAAGAAAUGCCAUUUGUAUGUGAGAUUAGACGACUUUUUAAAUGUCAUUGUUUGGAUUUCUGGAGCCGGACACAUUUCUCACUGAAACAUGUUCUCAUGGAAGUUAAGUUUUCAUCAGAAGUAGUUUUUAAGUGUGCGUUUCUUGUUUAUGAAUGGCGAGGAGAUAAAAGGCUUCUGUGCCUCUCAGUGUUAUAUUGUUGUGGCCUUUUACAUUUUUUUUUUAAGUCUGUUUUACACAUUAUUAUUAUUAUUAUUGAUCUAAUUACCACCUGUGUACAUUGUAACUGCUUGUUUGUUUAAAAGCACAACAUUGGUCCGUUCCUCCGCACUUUGUAUUUUGGUUGGUAUGGAAGGCGUGGACCACUAAAAUGUUACUUGUAUACUUGUAUUUCAGCUUCCAACAGUUCAGUGAUGAAAUAAACCUGUAUUUUUAAGGA